AUGGCGCGAGCACUGGGCCCGGUUCGUCUAAAGAAGACGAACCCCAUAACACUGCUGAUUGGCGGCGUGCUCUGCAUCGUCAUCAUCUACUUCCUGGUGGCAUCGGGCGGCGCUUCGACCGUGUCGGCGGCACGAAACGCCAAUGCGGCGUCCCACCCGCUAUCUCCGCCGACGUCUCCCUUCCGCAAGACGCCCAACCAUGCUAACGGCAAGCCGGCACCGCCGCCACCAGUGACGCGGUACAUUAUGAACAACAUCACGGCCACGGCCCAUCCGGUCGAGAACGGCGAGCACGUGCUGGUGCUCUCGCCCAUGGUCCGCUUCUAUCCGGACUACUGGCAGAACCUGCUGCGACUGACGUACCCGCACGAGCUCAUGACGCUGGCCUUUAUCCUGCCUAAGAACAAGGAGGGCAACGCGGCGACGGCAGCCCUGCAGGAGCAGAUCACCAAGACGCAGAAGUUUGGCAACGACAAGGAGCGCUUCAAGAGCAUCAUCAUUCUGCGCCAGGACUUUGAGCCGCCGCUAGCGUCGCAGGACGAGGGCGAGCGCCACAAGCUGGAGAACCAGAAGCAGCGCCGCGCCUCCAUGGCCAAGGCCCGCAACUCGCUGCUCUUCACCACGCUCGGUCCGUCGACGUCGUGGGUGCUCUGGCUAGACUCGGACAUUGUCGAGACGCCGCCGACGCUGAUCCAGGACCUGGCCCAGCACGAUAAGGCCAUCGUCGCGCCCAAUUGCUUCCAGCGCUUCAUCAAUCCCGACACCAACAAGCUGGACGAGCGGCCGUACGACUACAACAACUGGCAGGACAGCGCAACUGCCCAGGAGAUGGCACAGAAAAUGGGUCCCGACGACGUCCUCUUUGAGGGCUAUGCCGAAAUGGCCACGUACCGCUCGCUGAUGGCCUUUAUGGGCACCGCUGGCGACAGCAUGCACCAAGAGGUCUCGCUCGACGGCGUGGGCGGCUCGGCGCUGCUGGUCAAGGCCGAAGUGCACCGCGACGGCGCCAUGUUCCCACCCUUUCCCUUCUACCACUUGAUUGAGACUGAGGGCUUUGCUCGGAUGGCCAGGCGUCUGGGCUGGGCUGCGACCGGUCUUCCAAACUACCGGGGAAGCUUGCACGCGCAGAAUCCAUCCUCUGACCACUGA